GAUUGUAUAGUUUCCAAGGUUCCCUUCACUAUGUCUUAUACAUUAUAUAAGCCUAGUAAUUAUAUACAUUACUCCUCAUAGCAAUUUGAACACGAUUCCCUAAUUAAAGAUGAUUUGUAUAGCAAUAUUUCUAGUCUCUCUUGCUUGUCUCUGGCUAUGGGGAUUCACCAACAAGAACAAGAAAUUACCUCCUGGUCCAAGAGGGUUACCAAUUUUGGGUAGCCUUCAUAAGUUGGGAGAUAAUCCACAUCUUGAUCUUCACAAACUAUCACAAAAACAUGGACCAAUCAUGUACCUGCGCCUAGGUUUGGUGCCAACCAUUGUUGUCUCUUCUCCACAAGCUGCUGAACUCUUUCUUAAAACCCAUGACCUUGUUUUUGCAAGUAGACCACCCCAUGAAGCUGCAAAGUACAUUUCAUGGGAGCAGAGGAACAUGAGUUUUGGUGAAUAUGGUCCUUAUUGGCGCAACAUGCGAAAGAUGUGCACCUUGGAACUACUAAGCCAAACAAAGAUCAACUCAUUCAGACGCAUGAGGCAAGAGGAGGUUGAAUCAUUGAUCAACGUUCUUAGAGAAGCAGCAAAUGAUGGAGUUGCUGUGGAUGUCAGUGCUAAGGUUUCAACAGCAAGUGCUGACAUGAGUUGUAGAAUGGUUUUUGGGAAGAAAUAUGAUGACAAAGACUUGGAUGAGAAGGGUUUCAAGAGUGUUAUACAAGAAGGGAUGCAAUUAGCGGCAACUCCAAACAUAGGUGAUUAUAUUCCUUAUAUUGGUAAACUUGAUCUUCAAGGCUUAACUAGGCGCAUGAAGGCUGUGGGGAAAAAAUUUGAUGAGUUUUUUGAGAAAGUUAUUGAUGACCACUUGCAAUCAUCUGAGAACAGAGAAGAUAAAGUUAAGGACUUUGUGGAUGUCAUGUUGGGCUUUCUAGGCACUGAGGAAUCUGAAUACCGUCUUGAACGCCCUAAUAUCAAAGCCAUAUUGCUGGAUAUGCUGGCAGGUUCAGUGGACACAUCAGCAACGGCAAUAGAGUGGGCACUUUCAGAGCUAAUAAAGCAUCCAAGAGUGAUGAAGAAACUUCAAAUGGAGUUUGAAUCUGUGGUUGGUAUGAAGAGAAUGGUGGAGGAGUCAGACUUAGACAAGUUGGAAUAUUUGGACAUGGUCAUCAAGGAAACCAUGAGGAUCCAUCCAGUGGCACCAUUACUAAUACCACACCAAUCUAUGGAAGAUUGCAUGGUUGGAGAUUUCUUCAUACCCAAGAAAUCAAGAGUCAUAAUAAAUGCAUGGGCAAUCAUGAGGGACCCAAGUGCUUGGAGUGAGCCAGAGAAGUUCUGGCCGGAGAGAUUUGAGGGAAGGGAGAUUGACAUCAAAGGUAGAGAUUUCCAUUUUAUACCAUUUGGGUCUGGGAGAAGAGGAUGCCCUGGAUUGCAGUUAGGUCUAACAGUGGUUCGGUUGGUGGUGGCACAACUUGUGCAUUGCUUUGAUUGGAAGUUACCAAAUAAGAUGUUGGCAUCUGAAUUGGACAUGACUGAGGAGUUUGGUCUCACUAUGCCAAGGGCCAAUCAUUUAUUUGCGAUACCUACUUAUCGGCUUCAGAAUGAAAGUGGUUAAGCAGUUGACAGUUGCCAUAAUUCUGUUGCUAUUGUGGGAUGGGGAGGACAUUACAAUGUGUUGUUUUCCUUCUGUUGUUGCCAACAUUUCUCUCACUUAGCAGGUUUAGUUUAGUUUCUGUUGUGUCAUGCUCGACAAUUAAGGUUUAGUUCAAUAAGAAUUAAUAAAUUUGAUUGUAUAUAACCUGCUAAAAUCUAAAUAAAAAUUUUAUAAAAGAUAUUGUGCUGUA